AUGUUAGAUGCUCCUAGGAUUCCACGGUACCGCACAGUUACUACGGUCAUCGGACUCAUCCAGGAUGGCGUCGAGCUGCACCACUGGAGGGAGGGCAGGGGAGGGCAGUUUGACUCUGCCCCAUUAAAGAGCACCUGCCUGGGCAUGGACCUGGCCUGCCCCCGCCCGCCCCAGCCCAACCCACUGCCAUUGUACGCACAGUACAAUGCCUGUGAGCUCACACUGGACCCCAACACAGCAUACAGAAGUCUCUCUCUCUCUGAGGGGAACAGAAAGGUGACACCUGUGAGUGAGAGGCAGCCGUAUCCUGACCACCCAGAGAGAUUUGACUCCUACUACAGUCCUCAGGUGCUGUGUAGAGAGGGUCAGUCUGGACGCUGCUACUGGGAGGCUGAGUGGAGUGGUGGUGGGGCUCAUAUAGCAGUGGCAUAUAAGAGCAUGGGGAGGAAAGGGUUGAGUCAUGACAGUGAGUUUGGAUGUAAUGACAAGUCCUGGAGUCUGCAAUGCUCUGGUAACAGUUACUCUGCCUUGCACAAUAAUAAGAAGACUGACAUACCUGCCCCCUCCUCCCGCUCCAGCAGAGUAGGAGUCUACCUGGACUGGCCAGCAGGCACUCUGUCCUUCUACAGCGUCUCCUCUGACACACUCACCCACCUGCACACAUUCCACUCCACAUUCACUGAGCCCCUCUAUCCUGGGUUUUGGCUUAAUUAUUCUGACUCCCUAGUGUCCCUGUGCCAGAUCACAUGACCUCCUGAUCCUGCAGGAACACAAGAGUCUGCAGAAGAGUUACACACUCCUGUUCAAACACCCCUGUGCUUUGAUGGAAAAUAUUGAUAAUUAAUGUAUAUUUUUGAGCCUAUUACAUGUUGAUAAACAUGUUACUAUGGAGACCAAGGUUAAUUGAGCAUCAUUGUAUUCAUAGUUAAAUUGUUCAAAAUAUGCUGGGGAAUAAAAAAGGGAAAUGAAUGUGAA